AUGAGGAUAGUUGUAGUGAUUCUAGUCCUAGUGGCAGUCUCGUCAGUGUGGGGACAACGUGUAGAGCUCAGGGAAGGAGAUGCUUGCAAGCGCGUGUCCGGUGUGGAAUGGACAUGCCGCAAGUCGUCGGAUUGCCCCAAAGCUGCAGAGCUUAUGAGGAGAGGGAAGGCUCCUGAAGUCUGCAGAACAUCUGGAGGUGUCACCAUCGUCUGUUGCGAGCCCCCCGAAGAGAUUGAGGAUAAACUUGGAAACCAAGAUGAACAACCAGACGGAAUAGAACCAGGAACCAAAUAUCCAAUUGAAGAAGGUUUGAUCUGCAAGCGUGUGGAAGGGAAGCCAUGGGUAUGUACCAAGCUCAGACGUUGCCCUUCUGCGAUGGCUCUAAUAAGCAAAGGCAAGGAACCCGAAUACUGCAGACCCAGUGGCAAGAACAAGGUAGUAUGUUGCGACCAAGGUUUCGGACUGGUGACUGAGCCUUCCUUCCCGUUGCCCGACGAUACCUCGCCGCCUCCUGAACCAGCUACACCUGUACCUAAGCCUUCGCCCGGCUUCAAGAGUAGACAAAUGUGUCAGAGAUAUUCAACUAUUGUCAACGAAGAUCAGUGUACGAGCACAGAACCACAGAUAGUGAACGGGGCCAAAGCUCGUCCUAAGGAGUUCCCACAUAUGGCUCUGCUCGGGUCCGGCAAGAGAACGAAUCCUAACUGCGGGGGAAGCUUGAUAAGCGACCGGUGGAUACUGAGCGCCGCCCACUGUACGACGGGCGAUGCAGACAACGCUGGACCGGUCUGGGCUAGACUCGGGGAUUAUGACUUCUCGUCCACUGACGACGAAGACAGGCUGGACGCAAGGUCCGUCGUAUAUAAUAUCAUAGAACGGGUGAACCACCCUGAGUACGAACCAAGAGACAGGAAAUACUACAACGACAUCGCACUGUAUAAACUGGACAGACCGGUGGAGUUCGACCAGUACAUCAGACCGAUUUGUCUACACACGGGAGGCGAGUACGAAUUGACAAGAAAAAGGCUACUCAUCGCUGGUUGGGGGAAGGAUGAUCACGAUGGAUUUUUAUCUUCUACUCUACUGAAAGGUAACGUGUCAUUCGUCCAUGGAUCUGAAUGUGUCAGAAGAUACAGAGUUGCCAACCGCACCGUGGAUACGAAGACGACUAUUUGCACGAAUAGUUCCAAUGGGACAACCGUAUGUUCGGGAGACUCCGGGGGGCCGCUGCAGUACAGGCUGGACCGAUGUAUGUACAGUCAGGUCGGGGUGACGUCAUUAGGUGCAAAUUUCUGUACUGUCGAUCGCUACCCUGCCAUAUAUACUAGAGUUUCCCACUACAUCGAUUGGAUAGAGAGCGUCGUCUGGCCUUAACACUCAACUUGACACAUGCAAUAGCUUAACAAACGAUCUCAUGGUACAUUUUUUGCUAGACAAAUUUGACUUUUUAUUUUUUACCUACCUAUUUAUAAUUAUUGACUUAAUCUUAUGUAUGACUUUAAUUUUACAGCAAAUACGAAUAAUAGACGUUCAUAAGUAGCUGUUGUGGGAAGUGUCAAAUUAUGAAUCAAAUAGUCAACACUCAUUUUAUCAUGGAACUUUUUAUUUCCUGUCCAGUAUGCGAAUCAAAGCUAGGACGAAGCAAAUUUUCAAUCUCUCUGCACCGUUCAUCCAUUUUUCAAGAGAGAUGUUUUCAUAAUUGGCGUAUGAUUAAAUUACGUGAGUAGUCAGUCUAGAUCGU